AUGUUGGCGAUGUUGUCGGUGCUUAGCGCUAUCAACCAGGGGAUUUGUUACUCGUAUGCUCCUAUCUCCAGCAUUGUCGAAGAUCGGUGGGAACAACGUCUUCCGUCGGAGCACCUCAUCACGAUCUUUUUCAUCUCGUACAUCCCGUGCUCCUUCAUCGGGUCGUGGAUAAUGGACCGGCAAGGCUUGCGCUUCGGAGUUCUACUCGGAGGAUUUUUACAAGCUGUUGGUGCGGGUUUGCGUUACUUCGCCUGCUCCUUCGAUGUUGGCGAAGUGUACGUGACGCUGUUGGGUCAAGUGCUGGCGUCGUUGGCGAUGCCGUUCAUGGUCAACUCUCCCCCGCUGCUGUCUGCGAACUGGUUCCCGGCUUCACAACGCACGACGUCGACGAGUAUCGCGGUCAACGCGAACGCUAUGGGAACUGCAUUCGUGUACCUCACCGCCCCAUUCAUCGUGCUCUCAGCGGACGACGUUCCAGACUGGAACUUGUACGUGGCGCUGGUUGCAGUGAGCUCCUGGGCGGUCGCCUACUUCUUCUUUCAAUCCUUCCCAAGAUCUGGAGCAACAGCGUCAUUCGCGUCCGACAUACAGCUCCACGACGAGUACGACUGGAAUCAGUGGACAAAUGCGUUCACGCACAGCGGCUUCUGGCACACGGUCGUGGUAUUCUCGCUGGCGGAGUGCGUACUGAACGCAAUGAGCGCGCUGUUGGGCAAGUUUCUCAGCGUCGCAGGCUUCUCGAAGGCCGAGAUCGGAGUUGUUGGCGCCACGUUUAUUGUGAGUUCACUUGUGGGCGGCCAAGUCAUCAGCCAGUACGUCGACAGGAAGCGAAACCACAAGACGGCGCUGCAGGUGUGUCUUUGGAUGACUGCUAUCGCGUUGAGUGCGUUCCGAUUGGUGCCAAAGGUUGAAGUCGACGCCUCGUUGAUUAGUCUGCUGCUUCUUGGAGCUGUGCUGGGGCCAAAUCAGCCAAUUGUGCUGGAACUUGGAGUGGAGUGUGCAUUCCCUACGAGUGAAGCGACAGUCGCUGCGCUUCAGCAGCUCUGCGGGAACUUCCUGUCGGCUGUGAUGGUCCCUGGAUUGAGCAUGCUUCGAAGAACGCACGUGGACGAGGGUGGGCAUGUGCCAACUAGGUAUUUCUACGCAUGCCCUGAGUGGAUCAUGGUGGUCAUGACGACAGGGACUUUCAUCGCGUUCUGCUUCUAG